AUGCCAGAUGAAGAAAGAUAUAUGACACUGAAUGUACAAUCAAAACAAAGAAGUUCCAUUCAAACAUCCCAACUUAAAUUUAAAGAUUGUUCAGUAAUCUUACAUUGGUGUAAAAAUUGAUUGGGAAUAUCUGUAAUGCUAAAUUGUGUCCUGGCUUUGACUUUGAUAACCCUGACUCUUUUAGUUUCUCAGGGAGUAUUGCUAAAAUGCCAAAGAAAAAAUCAUUUGAAUAUCACUCAUUAAGAGGAACUUAGAAACUUGACAGUGAACAGUGAUGCAAGGAGAAACAUGAGCAAUAAGGACACAGACCAUUGUGUUUCAAGACGUAUAGGUACAAACUUACAGAGCAGAGCUUUUAUACAGAAAAACCUGAGACUAUCAAACUAUGUGUGGAUUGGACUUAAUGUUACCUCCCUGAAGAAGACAUGAACCUGGGUGAGUGGUUCUUCAUUGGAUCCAAAGCUGAGUCUUUUCUAA